CAUCUUUUGAUUUGGGCGAUGCGGCGCGGCAGAGCGGUGGCGAGGCAAGCGGAGGCGAUUCACGGCGGCGAAGUCAACGGAUCUGGUAUUUCUAAGGAGGUCAGAUUCUGCGGCGUCAGGAAGAGGCCAUGGGGCCGUUUCGCGGCGGAGAUCAGAGACCCGUGGAAGAAGACGCGCGUCUGGCUCGGCACCUUUGACUCGGCGGAGGACGCCGCCCGCGCCUACGACACCGCCGCUCGCUCGCUCCGCGGCUCUAAGGCCAAGACCAACUUCCUCGUGUCCCUGAACGACGCCGUUUCCCCCAAUUUCAACCCCCAAAAUCUCAAUUGGGGUGGGGGUGUGAACUGA